AGCUGAUCAGCUUCCUUGGAAUUUGCUGAUGACCCAGGAGAGCUGUGCCUGAAGAUGGAAACACUGGAGUCGGAGCUGACCUGCCCUAUUUGUCUGGAGCUCUUUGAGGACCCUCUCCUGCUACCCUGCGCCCACAGCCUCUGCUUCAACUGCGCCCACCGCAUCCUGGUGUCCCACUGCGCCACCAACGAGUCCGUGGAGUCCAUCACCGCCUUCCAGUGCCCCACCUGCCGGCAUGUCAUCACGCUCAGCCCGCGAGGUCUAGACGGGCUGAAGCGGAACGUCACCCUGCAGAAUAUCAUCGACAGGUUCCAGAAAGCAUCGGUGAGCGGGCCCAACUCCCCCAGUGAGACCCGCCGAGAGCGGGCCUUCGACGCCAAUGCCAUGACCUCCGCUGAGAAAGUCCUCUGUCAGUUCUGUGACCAGGACCCUGCCCAGGAUGCCGUGAAGACCUGUGUCACUUGCGAAGUGUCCUACUGUGAUGAGUGCCUGAAAGCCACUCACCCGAACAAGAAGCCCUUCACAGGCCAUCGGCUGAUUGAGCCCAUUCCGGACUCGCACAUCCGGGGGCUGAUGUGCCUGGAGCACGAGGAGGAGAAGGUGAAUAUGUACUGUGUGACCGAUGACCAGUUAAUCUGUGCCUUGUGUAAACUGGUUGGGCGGCACCGAGAUCAUCAGGUGGCAGCUUUGAGUGAGCGCUAUGACAAAUUGAAGCAAAACUUAGAGAGUAACCUCACCAACCUUAUUAAGAGGAACACGGAACUGGAGACGCUUUUGGCUAAACUCAUUCAAACCUGUCAACACGUUGAGGUCAAUGCAUCACGUCAAGAAGCCAAAUUGAUGGAGGAGUGUGAUCUUCUUAUUGAGAUCAUUCAGCAAAGAAGACAAAUUAUUGGAACCAAGAUCAAAGAAGGGAAGGUGAUGAGGCUUCGCAAGCUGGCUCAGCAGAUUGCAAACUGCAAGCAGUGCAUUGAGCGGUCGGCAUCCCUCAUCUCCCAAGCGGAACACUCGCUGAAGGAGAAUGAUCAUGCGCGGUUCCUACAGACUGCUAAGAAUAUCACUGAGAGAGUCUCCAUGGCAACUGCAUCUUCCCAGGUUCUAAUUCCUGAAAUCAACCUUAAUGACACAUUUGACACCUUUGCCUUAGAUUUUUCCCGAGAGAAGAAAUUGCUAGAAUGUCUGGAUUACCUUACAGCUCCCAACCCUCCCACAAUUAGGGAGGAGCUCUGCACGGCUUCCUAUGACACCAUCACUGUCCACUGGACCUCCGAUGAUGAAUUCAGUGUGGUUUCCUAUGAGCUCCAGUACACCAUAUUCACCGGACAAGCCAACGUUGUCAGUCUGUGUAACUCAGCCGAUAGCUGGAUGAUCGUGCCCAACAUCAAGCAGAACCACUAUACUGUGCACGGUCUGCAGAGCGGCACCAAGUACAUCUUCAUCGUCAAGGCCAUCAACCAGGCGGGCAGCCGCAGCAGCGAGCCCGGGAAGUUGAAGACAAACAGCCAACCAUUUAAACUGGACCCCAAAUCUGCACAUCGAAAGCUGAAGGUGUCUCAUGAUAACUUGACAGUAGAACGUGAUGAGUCAUCAUCCAAAAAGAGUCACACACCCGAACGCUUCACCAGCCAAGGGAGCUACGGCGUAGCUGGGAACGUGUUCAUUGACAGUGGCCGGCACUAUUGGGAAGUGGUCAUAAGUGGAAGCACGUGGUAUGCCAUUGGCCUUGCGUACAAAUCAGCCCCGAAGCACGAGUGGAUUGGGAAGAACUCGGCUUCCUGGGCACUGUGCCGCUGCCACAAUAACUGGGUGGUGAGACACAACAGCAAGGAAAUCCCCAUUGAGCCAUCCCCUCACCUCCGGCGCGUGGGCAUCCUGCUGGACUAUGAUAAUGGCUCCGUCGCUUUCUACGAUGCUUUGAACUCCGUCCACCUCUACACCUUCGACAUCACAUUCUCGCAGCCUGUGUGCCCCACCUUCACCGUGUGGAACAAGUGUCUGACCAUUAUAACUGGGCUUCCCAUCCCAGACCACCUGGACUGCACCGAGCAGCUGCCAUGAGCACCUGGCCACGUGGAGGUGCUUUCUGGGCAAUAGGAAGGCUUGUGGCCACCAUUUAGGGGGCAGAGAAAGCACAGGCUUCCAGAGUGUGGUUAAGUCUCGCCAAAAAGCAUCCAGAAAUCAGCUAAGAUAGGUUUCAAAACGGGCUAUUUCCAGCCCCCCCUCCUUACUGUAUUUUGUAUUAAGUACAGUCUUUAAGAAGUACAGUCUUUAAUACGUUCUUCAAAUUUUCUUUUGUAUUUACAGGAAAAUUUAUAGAUUAUUUAUAAAAGAAACAUAACCGGGAUUCCAACUCUUUUAGGAAUUAUUUGGUUUUGCACAUUAAGAGGCCCGUACAUUUAUCAGCUCUUUACAACCUUUAUUGCAUCACAGUCUAUAACUGUACAUAACAGAAUAUGCAACUACUUUAAAAAGAAAACAUAGUUUUGAACCUAGUAGGGAAGUAAAUGGGAUUUCUUUGGUUUAUCUUGAGGUGUUUUAACUGUGAUGGUGGAAGCUUUUAUUAGGUCAACUACAAUGGAGAGCAAAAGAGAGAAUGGGAAGAUCUUGGAAUCUGCCACGGCUAAAUCUUUAGUUGCCUUCUGAUGGCUGGUGGGAUAAUGAUGGAAAGAUUCUGAAGCCUUCGGCCAUAGUUUACCCUGCUCGUCCCAGGAUUAAGGAUUCUGGGAGAACGUUAAGAAUGAUACUGCAAUUGAAAAUAGUCACUUGGAAUCCUACUGAUUAUUCAGAAAUUCAAGCUGAUUCGUGUUUUAUCGGAAGGAAGUAGGAUUCUAUUUCAUGAUAUCAAUCUAUUUCAUUCUUUCUUUUAAUCAUUUCUUUAGGCCUCUGAGAUUUCUUCACUACAUUUCAUAGCUGUCCUAUCCUUCCCCACCCCCAAAUCAUUUUCCUUUUGUCACUGGAGCUGAGGAAAUAAACAGUUUCUAUCACAAAUGGCAGCACCACUGUGCGUUGAUUUUUCUCUCUAGGACAGUGGUCGGCAA